CAGUCCGUAACUUGUGUGUCGGCGCUUCCCCCCGUCGGCUUUUGUUGUCCGUCUGGUUUCCCGCCAUCUACUAAAAAACAUCGUCUUUCGUGCAAUCGUGCGUGUACCUACCAUCAACGUUUUGUUUUCCUUCGUUCAUAAUCCAUCGCUCAUAUUUGUUUACAGAUGCGAUAUUCACGUACAGUAAUUAAAUAGUAACAACAGCACCAACGAUCCAUAAUCAGACCGUGCUCGGCGUUUGGUGUGCAUCGCGUCGUCAUCACCGCUACCGAUCCGUAUAUUGUAUUCGAGUUCGUCGUGGUUCGGUGUUACAAUAACUCGCCAAUUACAGUGUUUAUACGCAUAACAUAAUAAUUGCCACUUGUUAGUUAUUACACGCCCUGCAAUAGUUAUGCUCUCCUCGUCGUACCCGUAGUAGGUAUAAAUUAUUCUGGUUACUGGCAGAUACGGACACUCCGCUUGUCUUAUUGCGGCAGUGACAGAAGCUCGUCGUCGCCAUGGGUGUACCCGUGGGAACAAACGUCUUGGACGAAGACAUCUACAACAGCAAGUUCUUGGAUCUGUGCAAAGGCUUAAAUUUGGACAAGAAUGCUGCCAGCCGUGCAUGGGAAACCUAUCUGGCCGUCAAGGAGAACUAUUCUUUGGACGGUGAUCCAAGUCAUUGGUUGGCUUGUGCUAUAUAUGUGGCGUGUCGUAAUGUCACUGAACAUACAGUUGGAGACAGCGAAACAUUGAUCGAAGGCAAUUUAGUUAGCUUAACACGACUUCUCCGUUUGUGCAAUAUUAGUCUUAUACACUUUAUUGGAAAAAGCAAAAAAUGGGCAGAUAUGAUCAAUAUGCCUCCAGAAUUACGCCGUAAAAUAGAUAAAUUGGAAAAAAACUUUGCUGUUUCAAUGGUUAUAUUUAAAAAAUUCCAACCAAUCUUUGGAGCUAUGUUUAACAAUACCAAAGAUGAACAAACAAAAACUCGUUGUUCUAAAAAGCAAAAGGUGACAUGUUCAGCUUCUAAACUUUUUGAGUUUUGUUGGACAUUGUUUGUUGUUGCUAAAUCUGAAUUUCCAGAUUUGAGUGAAAAUUUGGUCAACUCUUAUCAUUUGCUAUUAGCUUGUUGUGAUUAUGUGUACACAAAUAUUCUUAUAGCUGAUUUAAGAGACUUAUUGAAUAAAUCCUUUGGAGGCCUACCCCAGGAUUUUGAAUCUACUUCUUAUGUUUUACCUUCAAAACCUAUUUGUAUAAUUGAUUAUUUAUGUCAAAAAUAUGAUGGUAUAACUACCGAUGCAAAAGUGAUAAAAGAGUACUUUUGGAAGACAAAUCUAAAAAAAUUAAUUGAAARAAAAGUAUUAAAAGGAGAUUCCGAAUUAAAUUUACUUUUAGAUGCUGUUAACUUUGACUUCAAUUAUAAGGCGAUCAAUAAACGAUAUGAACAAUAUGUCUUGAGUGUUGGGGAAUUUGAUGAACGAAUAUUCCUUUCUGAAAACGCUAAUGUUGAAAUUGGAGCAUCAAAUGAAUGUACAACAGAAGAUUUAGCUAAAGAAAUGAAAAACAAAAAAAACAAUUUAUUUAAUCAACAAACACCACUUACGGGACGAAAUCAUUUAAAACCAAAAAUUGACUUAUCUGAUGAAAGUGUACCUGUGAAAAAUGCUUCUGAAAUGGUAUUCAAAAUACAAUCUAUUUUAGCAGAUUGCUCACCUUAUCCGUCCGACAAAUUAUACACUUUGCUAAAGUCAUGUUCAGCAACUUUGAAAAGCGAAAUUGAAGAUCUAAUUAAUAUGUUAGGCAUUAAAUUCUGUUCUCAAUAUUGUCAAGUAGAUCAUAAUUCUGCGUUGCAUAAUGAUUUUGCUGAAAAAAGAUUGGUUAUGGCCAAGACAUGKUUUUACAAGUUGUUUGAAAAUAUUAUUGCCAAAGAGGCAAAAAAUCCUAAAUAUGAUAUUAAAAAUUUAAUUUGUCAUGCUGUAUUUCACGAGACUCUUUUUGCAUGCUGCUUAGAAAUGGUAAUCUUUGCUUAUAAUUCACAACGUGCAUUUCCAUGGGUACUUAAUGCUCUUCAAAUCCAUCCUUACCAUUUCUAUAAAGUAAUUGAAGUAAUUGUUCGUGUUGAAGAUAAACUACCUCGUGAUAUGAUCAAACAUUUGAAUAGAGUUGAAGAACAAGUUUUGGAUAGUUUAUCAUGGCAGUCUGAAAGUCCUUUAUGGGAUUUAAUUAAUAGAAACAAUAAGCUCAUUCCACACUAUGAUGAA